AUGGGUUUGCUCACAAAUCCAUCCAUUUCGCAAAAAGCCAAAUACUGCCGGAAGCUGGUACGCUACAAUACGCCGAUUUGCCUGGGACUGUAUCUGUUGGGUGUGGCCUUUUUCUGUGCGUUACCGGAUGGUAAUUUCAACUCCGCAACGUACUUCUCGGAAAAUGCACUGCUGCCGGGGCUGGUCAACUCAGAGCUUGAGAUGGAAACGGUAAGCCUGGUUAAGUCGCUUUCCGCGGAGCUCCAAAGGGAGCGCGAAAAUCACCCCAAGGGUGUACCGUACCCGUGGAUUCUGGCAAAGAUGCGCCGCUAUGGGCUGGAGACGCACAGACAUAACUUCACUCUUACGUAUCCUUUCGGAGGAGGCAAGCAAUUUAAAGGCGAAAACAUUUUCGGUAUCCUUCGUGCACCUCGGAUUGCAUCAACGGAAUCCAUAGUGAUAAGCGUGCCGUACCGACCGCCGGAAACCGUUCACGAAGACGUGUCCGCCGGGUUGCCGUUAAUGCUGGCUUUCGCUGACUUUGCCCGCAAGAAGAAGUACUGGGCGAAGGACAUCAUCUUUCUGGUCACGGAACAAGAGCAGCUGGGUAUGCAAGCGUGGCUGGAAGCGUAUCACGGGGGCGACGAAGGACGAAUUCUCGACUCGGGCAUGUUGCGAGCACGUGCAGGAUCGAUUCAGGCAGCGAUAAACCUGGAAGUGCAGAGCCUAGACAUCAGCCAUAUUAAUCUGAAAAUAGAAGGUCUCAACGGGCAGCUGCCGAACCUGGAUUUGCACAAUCUCGUGCAGAAGCUGUCCUCGAAGAAUGGUAUCAUCGCGGGCUACAAGCAAACGUCGUCAAGCCCGAAGCGUUCGUACCGGUACCAGGACAAGCUGCUCAACAUGCUCGCGAUGGUGUUUUCGCAAGCCAGCGGUGUUCCGACGGGCAACCAUGGCUUGUUCCAUAAGUACGGCAUCGAGUCGCUAACCCUGGAGGCCGUGAAGCGCGACAAACCGCAGCAACAGUUCCAAGAUGUCGGUUCCAUGCUGCGAAUCGUUGAAGGGGUCAGCCGCAGCCUGAACAACCUGCUGGAGCGCUUCCAUCAGAGUUUCUUCUUCUAUUUGCUCGUCUCGAACGAUCGUUUCGUUUCGAUCGGUGAUUACAUGCCCAGCCUAGCGCUUAUGGCCGGAUCGCUGCUGAUUAAGGCGUUCAUUCACUACCUUUCGAUAUACUACUCCGGGGAUGACAGCGACAAAGACGACGAUGAGAGCGCGGAUUUGCAGCAACAGAAAUCGCUGCAGAUUGGAUACUUUUCCGUUGGAAUCAGGUUGCUCAUGGCGCAUUCCGUCGGCGCGUUGGCGGUGUUUCUGCCCCACAGCUUCUGGGUGAGGCAGUACGUGUACGAGGCCAACCUUUCCACGCAGUCCGGCUUGUUCAAUGUCUUUCUGGGGGUAUCGGCGAUCGCGUUAAUGUUGCCCAUACUAGGCCGAUUGGAUGGCAUAAACAACGAAGCGUUGCAUGUCGCUGUUCUACUGGAGCUAGGAACCGCCCUGUUGGCCGUGGGUAUGCUCAACUUUUCCCUCGGUUUCAGCCUUUCCGUGUUCCUGGUACCUUUCGUCAUACUGAUCCGGCCGGGAUUUUCACGGGCAUCGCAGUUCCUAAAUAGGCUUGGCUGUUUGCUGAUACAUCCGUUUGCGGUUCUGUACUUUGUGGUAGUUGGCCUAACGUGGUGCCAUUUCCCGGAGCUUGCCCUUAAGCCGCUGCUAAACAGAGCGCUCACUGCUUCGAUAGAUGCGUUAACGUACUCCGUGGUCGAUUCGAUGAUCUACGGAAAUUGGCUGUUCGACUUGGUGUCCUUAAUUUUCGUCCCAUGCUGGAUAUUAUUGAUGUCAUUUUUCUAAGCCUAAGGCACACCGAGAGCUUACGCUUGUGAGGGAAAUAAGUUAAUAA